CUGGCUGGAGUGGAAAUGCAUCAGAGCCAGAUCCGGACAAGUGGUCCAGUCAUGCAUCCCAUCUUGGUUCUGUUUCUCGUGGUGCAUGUAACACCGUCACCUGUCCCCUCCAUCGUCUUGCCCUUCCAGCAGAAAGGCCUCCCAGAUCUGGGGAAGACUGUUGAUGUUGAGAGCUUGAUCAUGCUAAUGAAUGAUGAAGAAGAGGGCUCAACCUUCGAAGACAUUUUCCAAGUCGAACAUCCGUCAUGUCCAUUUGGAUGUCAGUGCAACCUCAACGUAGUGCAGUGCUCUGACUUGGGUUUACAUUACGUGCCCUUCAACAUUCCUCCUGAUACCAGACUGCUGGACCUCCAGGGCAACCAGAUCACAGAGAUCAGAGAGAACGACUUUAAGGGACUCAGCAACCUCUAUGCUCUGGUGUUGGUGAACAAUCUGAUCUCCAAGGUCCACCCACGUGCCUUCCUGCCUCUUGGGCGCAUGCAGAAGCUCUAUUUGUCCCACAACCUCCUGACCACUGUUCCCAAGAACCUGCCCCCCUCUCUGCAAGAGCUGCGUAUCCACGACAAUCGCAUUAGGAAAGUAGCAUCAGGGACAUUCUCUGGUCUACUCAGCAUGAACUGUAUUGAGAUGGGUCGUAAUCCCCUCAGGAACAGUGGUUUGGAGCCCGGUGCAUUUGAUGGACUUAAACUGAAAUUCCUGCGGAUUUCAGAGGCUAAGCUCACGGGUAUUCCAAAAGAUCUGCCUUAUAAUCUAAAUGAGUUGCAUCUGGAUCAAAAUCAAAUUCAGGCCAUUGAGUUAGAAGACCUGAGACGGUAUGCACAAUUGUACAGGCUGGGCCUUGGGAACAACCAGAUCCGCCAUAUUGAGCAUGGCAGCCUGUAUUAUGUGCAGAAUCUCCAUGAACUUCAUUUGGAUAAUAACCUGCUGUCCCAUGUGCCUGCUGGUCUGCCAGAGAUGAAACACCUGCAGGUAGUCUACCUGCACUCUAACAACAUCAGCAGCGUGGACGUGAAUGACUUCUGCCCUAAGUCCCUCAGCAUGAAGAAGACGGCAUAUAACGGCAUCAGUCUUUUCAGUAAUCCCAUCCAGUACUGGGAGGUGCAGCCUUCAACGUUUCGCUGUGUUAGCAGCAGCUUGGCCAUACAGUUUGGGAAUUAUAAUUAGCAUUGACCUGUUUAUUUAACCUUUUUAACUUGGAUCAUAUUUGCAUAGAUUUUUUACGAUGGUCAUUACAACACUCACACGGGGAGGCCACUUAACGUAGCUUCUCAUCAGAACAACAUGAGUAUCCAUGGGCUGAAACAAUGAAGCCCUCGGCACAGAUGCAUAUUGGCCACCUUCCUCCCUAUCAGUGUCCUGGAACGUUCCCAACUCACAAACUGCUACUAAUAUUGUCUGGGGAAAAAAAGUAUAAUUAUGAGGUGACUCACACAGUAAAUAAUUAAUGUUAAAAUUGAAUGACCAUUUGGGCAAAAAGAGCACUGGCCCCAAAGCCCAAGUGUAUUACUUUAUUUGUGUCAAUGUGCACCACUUAAUCACAAUUUUUUUCGCAAUUACAUGGUACAUAAGCCUAUUAAACUUUGUGUUCAUUCUGACCACAAAUUAACAUGACACACACUCAGAAACCUGGGCACAGGUAGUACUUCAGCAAGCACCCGGCAAAAUAUAAUGAAGUUUGCACUCACACACAUUCUGCUCUCUCAAGAUGAUACUUGAUAUUUGGGGAAUCUGUAACUUGUUCAUCUGUGCUGCAAAUGUUUCUUUUUCUGGACCACCCUCUUCUUUAUUACUGUAAAAUGUUGAAAAACAAUAAAAGUAAU